AUGGGCGACCACCACGACCACCACCAUCACAUGCCGUCGAUCAAGCACACCCACCAGCCAAGAAACGCGGCUACAAAUCUAGCACCGCUGUAUCUCCUGAUGCUGGUCGUCGGCGGCAUCAUACUAGUAACCAAGCCUCUGCUGGUCCUAUUGGUUAUCCUGCUCGUCGGGUAUGGUCGCGUCUAUCAUGUCGAACCGGCCAAAAAGUCACGGACGCCAUGGUGGUCUCCCUCUCCUUCUCAUCACCACGAAACGACUCCAGGGUACGUCAUUCAAUUGGGACCCCAGCACCAAGGCAAGCAACACCAUGACAACUUGAGCUUGCGUGAUUUGGGUUUCGGGAAGAACCUGAAGGGUCUCGAUUCACAUUUCGGUGGUGGUGGAGAGAAGAAAAAGGCGCGGUUUUCCAUGUGA